AGACGGUGUAGAUAAUAAUAAAAAACGAUCUCAAAUUGAGUCAAUUUUUUAACCCGUCUCCCUUUCGGUCCGCGGUCGUACUACACGGAGGGAAUCCCGUCCUUUUGGACAAACACGACCUAAACAAAAACAAAACCAAACGAAGCAAAAAGAGCAAGAUUGCGAAGGUGGACGAGGCAGGCGCGAAAAGAGAGAAAGAAAUUGAGCAGAGGACUCGUGUAGGCUUAACGCACACGAUGCGUGGCUUCUAUUGACAGCAAAAAUGGCGACAACAUUCAACACUCGUCUUCUCUUUUCAUUCUCAUUUUUGUCCUAAAAUGGACAUCUUACACUAUAACUUCAACAAUUACACAAAUUCUUUAUUCUUUUUAUUUUAAUCCCCAAAUAAAACCCUAAUUUCCAUACUUCAACAAUCUUUUAUUCAAUCUUACAUUGCUUUUUCAGUUUUGGUGUAAAAAAUGGCGGAAAUGAAUAAAGUACUGUAUAUAGUAGUUAUGGACGGAGAUCACAAUAAAGCUGAGAAAGGGGAAAUGGAGAAGGAGUCGUUUCGAUAUACUCGAUCUGUUUUGCAGAGUACUUUGCAGCUCAUGGGAUGCAAAGCUCGCCAUGCUUUUAAGAUUAGCAGAAGGGUUUUUGAAAUGGUGAAAAGUCAAUGCUCAAGUGACAGAUCAGCUGGCAUGGGUCAAUUUGGAGCUGAUACAACUUAUAUAAGAUCAAGGUUUCAAGAACCUCCAUCUCUUGGCAAUCGUCUGGGUGAAGCUCAAGUGAAGAAUAACUUAGUUAUGGAGAAGGAUGGUGGACCUAAAAGUUUGUCAUCAGAGUUGUACAAACGGCGCACGACAGUGUUCAUUGGUAGAGACAAAUUCUUGGAUAUUGUCUGUGAUGGCCUAUCUGAGUAUAAAUAUGUGGGUCCCAAUCAACGUGAAGAUUUGAUUUUGGCUUGCAGAAUCCGUGAGAGGAAGGAAUCUAUGACCAUCUUGUUGUGUGGAACUAGUGGCUGUGGCAAAUCUACACUGUCAUCCUUGCUGGGAAGCAGAUUGGGAAUCACUACUGUUAUAUCAACAGAUUCCAUACGGCAUAUGAUGAGGAGUUUCGCUGACGAAAAACAAAAUCCUUUGCUGUGGGCAUCAACCUAUCAUGCAGGAGAGUGUUUGGAUCCUGUUGCUGUUGCAGAAGCAAAAGCUAAAAGGAAGGCCAAGAAAAAGGAUGGGAGUACUCAACCAUUUUUGAAAGAUGGUUUGAAUGAUAAUGUUCAAAAUGGAACUGAUCAUCAAACGCCAGAGGUGGGUGCAAAUAAUACUGAGCUGAUCAGUCCAAAACAAAUGGCAGUUGAGGGAUUUAAGGCUCAGAGUGAAAUGGUCAUAGAGAGUCUUGAUCGGCUGGUCACUGCUUGGGAAGAACGGAAAGAAUCAGUCAUUGUUGAAGGGGUACACUUGAGUCUUAACUUUGUGAUGGGGCUUAUGAAAAAGCAUCCUUCAAUCAUACCGUUCAUGAUAUACAUUACUAAUGAAGAUAAACAUUUGGAAAGGUUUGCGGUGCGUGCAAAGUACAUGACCCUGGAUCCUACAAAAAAUAAAUACGUUAAAUAUAUUAGAAACAUUAGAACAAUACAAGAAUACCUAUGCAAUCGAGCUGACAAACAUCUUGUCCCUAAGAUAAACAAUACUAAUGUAGACAAAAGUGUAGCAGCAAUCCAUGCCACAGUUUUCAACUGUUUACGAAGGCGUGAGGGUGGAGAGCAGCUGUAUGACCCUACAACUAACACUGUAAAUGCUGUUUUAGAGGAAUUUAGGAAUCAGUGUGCGGCAGAUUCGCUGAGCUCUAAAGGGAUGUUUCAACUUAUUCAGAGGCAGGGAUCAUCAAGACAUCUGAUGGCUCUUCUAAACGAUGAUGGCUCUGUAGCUAAGGCUUGGCCAGUAAAUUCUGUUGGCAGCAAUGGCAAUCCUAGUAAGGGGCAUGGUGCUGACACUGAGAUAGGAACACCUAUGUAUGGUCCGCUGCAAAUUGGUAAGGCAGAACCAGUAAAUCUUCAGUUCGGUCAUUUUGGUUUAAGUGCUUGGCCCAAUGAUACUGGCUGCACGAGCCAUGCCAGCAGUGUUGAUGAGUCUAAGGCUGAGUGGAAUGGUACUGAUACUGGGAGUAAAUAUUACUCUUCCUGCUGCAGCUCACCCCGUAUGUCUGAUGGGCCUGCUAAGGAGCUAAAGGAAGAGCUCUCAGUCUCUGGCAGUGAUGAAGAGGUAGAUGAUCCACCCGAGAUGGAUAGCGAUGAGGACCUGAGUGAUGGUGAAAAACAUACUCAAGAAGAGAUGGAAGGUUCAGUUGAUGAGGGAUCCACCAAGUCAGAUGAAGAGUAUGAUGAUCUAGCAAUGCAGGAUGACCAAGAAUAUGGCUCUGUGUUGAGCAAUCUGUCAGAUGUGGUAAAUAAUAACAAGAUGAGGGACAACUACAAGUAUCCACCAACUCUUGACAUGUUCUUGAGGACUAAAAGUGAACCUUUGUCUGAUGCAUUCUGCCCAUACCCUCCCGUGUUUGCUAAGAGUGAUAAGAAGACUCCUCCAAGCAGUAGUAGGCUGAAGAAACACUCCCUCAGUAUUCCGGCUUUUGGAAAGCAUGGGAAGGCUGCAGAUGCCAUAAUUUCUGGAGCAGCGGACUAGUAGUGCAACAAUUAACCGUUUAACCUUGCUAUUUUAAUUACUUAUCCUCUUUUAGAACCCUUCCCCUUUUUCUGGUUGAAGGCAUGUUGUUUUCUCAACUGGCGGUUUUUUUUUUUUCCUCUCUUUUCUUUUGCUAGGGUUAUGUAGAUCUGUAUUUUAUCUGUUGAUGUCCUCCCUUAGUCCCUUGAUUUGUAUAGUGAGGGCUGUUGUAAUCUUAGACCAUUUAAUUUGCUGUUUUUGGCUGUCAAUAAUUAUAGGUCUGUAGGUGUAACUCUAUUAGAUGUUAGUUUUCUGAAAUUGCUGUAUCUCAAUAAUAAAGUUUCAUUUCUGCAAUAUAUCUGCUUGCUUACAUUUACCUGUAAA